CGGCCCCCCUUCUCCCGGCGGCGUCUCCUGCCCGCCCCUCCCGUCGCGCCGUAACCUGAGCCGCGGCGGGGUUUGGGCAGCGGGUCAACGUCACAGUGGCUGAGGCGCUCAGGCUCGGCCUCCGCCCGCGCCGCGCGCUCGGGUCCCGCAGUGACGACUCCGCAGUCGGGCGCUCGGGCGCAUGGCGCAGAGGCUGGGCGAGUGGGCGCGGGGACCGGCCGAGGCCACCGGGCUGUACCGGGCCGUGCUGCUCAGGUCGGCUGCCAUGUACUCAGAAAUCCAGAGGGAGCGGGCAGACAUCGGGGGCUUAAUGGCCCGGCCAGAAUACAGAGAGUGGAACCCAGAGCUCAUCAAGCCCAAGAAGCUGCUAAACCCCGUGAAGGCCUCGCGGAAUCACCAGGAGCUGCACAGGGAACUGCUCAUGAACCACAGAAGGGGCCUGGGUGUGGACAACAAGCCAGAGCUGCAGCGUGUCCUGGAGCACCGCAGGCGGAACCAGCUCAUCAAGAAGAAGAAGGAAGAGCUGGAGGCCAAGCGGCUGCAGUGCCCCUUUGAGCAGGAGCUGCUGAGACGACAGCAGAGGUUGAACGAGCUGGAAAAACCACCAGAAAAGGAAGAGGACCACGCCCCAGAGUUUAUUAAAGUCAGAGAAAACCUGCGGAGAAUCACCACACUGAGCAGUGAGGAGAGGGCGCUGUAGGGUUGGCUGCUGCCAUCCCCACCACAUCGCCCACCUGCUGGACACCCUCCUUCAGCCCUUGCAGCCCUGGGCCCCAGCCCUGGGGCAUAUGUGACAUUCCCACCUUUUCCCAUAAAAAUGUGUUACCCAAGAGGCCCUGGCUCUCCUAGGGAGGCUGCGCCUUAGCUCCUAGGCUUUUCCUUCUGAGCACCCAGUCCUCCUGCUACAAGAAGAAGCCACCCCAGGGAAAACCUUCACCAAGGCGCCCCUCCCUGAUGGGGAUUCUUUUCUGGUGGAACUGGGAAGUAGAGGCAGGCAGCCGUCUGGCUGGAUAAACCCUCCCUCCUGCCCAGGGCUCCCCACCAGGAACCUUGAGGCCCCACAGGACCCUGCUUCUGGGAGCAGCCCAGCUCCCAGGUGUCAAAGAAGUCUCUCCCUCUCUCCCCUCACCUUCUACUUUACCUGCAGCCAGCAGAGUUUAACUUAAAGAACACUUGCCUCAAAAGCCUCUGAGGAGAGGGGGUGUUGACAGCCCCCCCAACAAGACCAGAUAGGAAGGGUACUGAGGGUUUGCCAGGCUUCCCACAACACCUGAGCUUUGCUUUUUUCUUCUGCAAAGCCCUCCCUGUCUGGGCCUUGUAACCACACCUAGCCAAGCAGCAUUCCUGCACCCACAGGUCUGUAGCAGUGCUUCACAAACUACGGUGCACACAAAUCAUGGGGACCUUGCUAACAUACAGCUUCUGAUUCAGUAGAUCUGGGGUGAGGAGGGAGAGCUUGCAUUUCUAACAAGGCUCGAGCUGUGAGCAGCAGGGCUGGAGCAGCCAGGGAUGGUAUGUCUCGGAAAUACCAUCUCUGAAGCCAUCAUUGCCCCCCCAGCUCCUGUGGAUCUUUGCCCUGAGUGUUCCCAUCUCACAGACACACGGUCCCAUCCCUUCUCUGCAGCCUUCAUUCACUUUUCACCACCACCACCCCUCCCCCAGGACUUUAAUCUAGGAUGACUAUGGCCUAGCAAGUUGUGUUGAUUAUGUGAUUUUUUUUUACCAGAUACAUACAGAAUUGCCAAUCUGCAUUUCUCACCAGUGUGACAAAACUGUUAAUGAUGCAAUUUAGCCAAAAGAAAAAAUAUAUAUAUUAACCUUUUCCUAUAGCCUUAGGGAUUAGAAAUAUAUAAUGAUUUCUAGUAGGCAUCUGAAAGUGUAAAUAGUGGUUUGAAAACCCCACUGCCACCUAUAAGGACUGGCCCUUAAAAAUCAGCAUUUCCAGCCUCUGUUGCCUGAGGCCCACCCCCUCCCUGGGCCAGUGCUAAUGAAUUCACCCAUGUUUCUUCCUCAAAAAGCCCUUCCUGGCUCGGCGCCAAUAGCACAGUGGUUACCGCGCCAGCCACAUGCACCAAUUUUGGCGGGUUUGAACCCAGCCCAGGCCAACUAAACAAUAAUGAUAACUGCAACAAAAAAAUAGCCAGGUGUUGUGGUGGGUGCCUGUAAUCCCAGCUACUUGGGAGGCUGAGGCAAGAGAAUCGCUUAAGCCCAAGAGUUUCAGGUUGCUGUGAGCUGUGAUGCCACUGCACUCUACUGAGAGCCACAUAGUGAGACUCAGUCUCAAAAAAAAAAAAAAAUCCCUUCCUACGAGACGCCCAAAUAUAUUAACCUUUUGCUCCUAUCCCAUUUGUAAAGAUUUAGAGAAUAAACCAGGCCUGUUUGUUUCCCCCUGAAAAUUAAAAUCCCACCCUCUGA